AUGGUGCGCCUGUUUGUGGGCGGCCUUCGGGAAGACGUCACCGCGGAGAUGCUCGCGAGCCGCUUCAAGCCGUUCGGCGUCGUCGGUCACAUCGAGAUUGUGCCGCAGACGGACCAGGACGGCCGAGCGACCAGCCGCUGCAAGGGGUUCGGCUACGUCGAGCUGGAGCCCGCAGAUGACAAGUCGCUGGCGAAGUGCAUCAGCCUCUACCACAAUAGCAAGUGGCGGGGCGCCACGCUGCGCGUCGAGCCCGCGAAGCCCAGCUAUUUGGACAAAUAUGGAGUCACUUGGCUAGGCGUGGCUUCCGAGGACGAAGACCGGCCCGGCGACGACGCCGCCGCCGGCCCAGCCGCCGCCCCGCUGCGCGCCAAGGUCCACGUCGUUCUCCAGGGCAAGCCGAGCGCGAUCAUCCGGCCGGAGACCGUCGAGGUGGAGAUCCCGGAUGGUCCCGGCGGCGGCGGUCACGCGCGCAGCGCGCACGGGGGCCGCACGCGCGCUCCCCGGGUCGGCGCGCAGCGGCGCUGGUGGAGCGGCGCGGCGAUCCGGCCGGGCGUGCAGGUGUCGAGCUACGGGGAGCUGUAUCGGGAGGAGACUGGGCGCGACGCGCGCGCGAUGCUGGACGGCGACGUGUGCGCGGAGGGGGGCAGCGGGGAGGCGCGCGGGUCGGGCGAGGGCGUCGUGGACGAGAUGGAGGCUCUGCGCGAGCACCGCUGGGCGGUCGCGGCGGAGGCGGAGGCGCGGGCGGGCGCUGCGGCGGAGGCGGCGCGGGCCGCUGCGGCAGCGCACGGCGCGCAGGUGGCGCACGCGUAUCCGAGCGACAGCGACGACGGGGAGCACGGGCGCGCGCCGGCGGCCGUGCGGCACGAGCCGCCGUCCGCGGGGACGCGCCCGCUGGCGACGGCGAUGCGGGCCCACUCCGCGGCGGUGCUCGGCGCGCACUCGCUCUCGCACAGCGGGCACGGCGGCGCGCAGAAGCGCGUGACGUUCGCAGCGGUGCCCGCGAGCCACGCCGAGGCCGGCGCGGGCGCCGACGCGGUCGUGCGCGCCGCCCCGCACUCCCCCGCGCAGUCCCCCGGGGAGGUGCGCGGGGGAGCCAAACACAAGUCGACGUUCCAGCUCAAGCUCGCGCAGGCGCGCGCGAAGCUCGAGCACCGCUCGCAGUUCCACGGCUUCGAUUUCGGCCUUAGCAGCGGGGAGCUGUCGGGGUUCUCGACGGGCCACGACUCGUCGUCGCCACGCGGCCUCCUGUACAGUGGGCACGGGGGCAUGUGGGGGUCGGUCGUGGGCGGGCUCCGCAGCGACGACGACGGCGAGGAGCACCACCACGCCGGGCCGCGUCGCGGAACGCCCGGGCCGGACUGCGCGUCGGCGGGGCGGCGGGGCAGCGGCGGCGCCGAGCACCACAGCACGGCCGAGGGCGGCGCGGCGCGGCGGCGGUCGCGGAAGCACGCGCGGGCGGAGUCGGAGGAGCGCGCGGUGGACUUUAUGGACGAUGGCGACCGCGCGGCGGUGCAGGCGGGCGCCGCGUCGGCGAAGGCCCUCGGGCGGUUCGCGAGCGACUCCGAGGCGAGCGAGUCCAGCGAGGAGGGGCGCGGGGGAGCAGGGCGCGCGCGGGGGCGGCCGCAGGGGCAGGCGCGGGCGAAGGCGGGCAGGGGGGGCAAGGGGCCUGCACGGUCGGCGGGUUCGGGCCUGCAGGCGAGCCUGGGGGCGUUCCUGGGCGGCCUGACGGUCGAGGACGAGAGGUUCAGCGAGCAGGAGGCGCUGAAGGCGGUGCGCCGGCCGUCGAAGCGCGGCAAGAUGGCAGGUGCGCCGCGAUGA